CGGCCGGAGCGGCUGAGGGAGCGCGAGCGGCGCGGGGGGGCCCUGUUGGCGACAGCGACGACAGCGGCGACAGCGGCGGCGACAGCGACAGCGGCGGGUCCCAGCGCCUCGCGGCCCGGCGUUACCCCGCUCCGCUCGGCGCCGGGCGGCCCCGGCCCGCGGCGGCGGCGGCGCUGACAGCCCGCCCGGAGCCCCGGGGGCGGCCGCGGCCACCAUGUCGUCCCCCAGCCCGGGCAAGAGGCGGAUGGACACCGACGUGGUCAAGCUGAUCGAGAGCAAACACGAAGUCACAAUCUUAGGAGGACUCAACGAAUUUGUUGUGAAGUUUUAUGGACCACAAGGAACACCCUAUGAAGGUGGAGUGUGGAAAGUUAGAGUCGACCUUCCUGACAAAUACCCCUUCAAAUCCCCGUCUAUAGGAUUCAUGAAUAAAAUCUUCCAUCCCAACAUUGACGAGGCGUCAGGAACUGUAUGUCUAGAUGUAAUCAAUCAAACCUGGACAGCUCUCUACGAUCUCACCAAUAUUUUUGAGUCGUUCCUGCCCCAGCUGCUGGCCUAUCCCAACCCCAUAGAUCCUCUCAAUGGGGACGCUGCAGCCAUGUACCUCCACCGACCAGAAGAGUACAAACAGAAAAUUAAAGAAUACAUCCAGAAAUAUGCAACAGAAGAAGCACUAAAAGAACAGGAAGAAGGCACCGGGGACAGCUCAUCCGAGAGCUCCAUGUCUGACUUCUCUGAAGAUGAGGCUCAGGACAUGGAGUUGUAGUAGAGGAGGCCACCUGCUUUUCAGAGAGACUCUAAUUUCCUAACCAUGAGAAGCAGACUAUAAUAUUCAUAUUUAAACAAAGCAAUUUUUUUUAUUACUAAACAAGGUUUUUAUGAAUUCUAGCAUUGAGCUAUAUAUAUAUAUAUUUAUAUAUAUGUGUGUGUUUAUAUAUAAAUAUAUAUAUAUCAUCCUUUAGGUCUUGGUUUUCUCGGUCAUGUCCCGGUUCCCGAGGUGCAUUAGAGCAUUCCCAACAUUCCAUUCUGGUAGCAAUAUGCAGGAUGCAUGCCUUGAGAUUUUCCAUUUGGCCAAGCCAGCUUUGGUGUGCUACCAAACAGCUGCCCUGGGAGGGGGGGAGUUAGCAAAAAACCCCAAAAAUCCAACCAGAAGGUAGAGAAAAGCGAAGGAUUUGCUGUGGGAUGGAGGUUUCCGCCUGAGAUGUCGGUGGUGUUUCCUCCAGGUCCAAACCCUCGGGGCUGUAGGGAUGGAAGGGGAUGGAAGCGGCUCCUCCAGGCCGUGUUUGGCCGUGAGCAGGAGGGGCUGAGCCCCGGAGCGGCGCCGUGCAGAGGCCUGGAGGGGCCCGGAGCACACGGGACUCGCUGGGACGGAUUUCAGCCGCGGCUCCUCCCUGCGCUCCCGAACCGCGGGACGGAGCUGGGGCUGUUCCUGCUCCGCCCGGGAGGGAAGAACCACCCAGAACCACCCAGAACCAGCCACGGACGAGGAGGAGGAAGCUCCUGGAGCUGGGAUGCACCUGGAGCCCGGCUCCUGCUCUGCCCCGCUCUGGAACCGCUGCCCUUCCACGGCUCCCACUUGGCUUUGGCAUUUUGGGGUUUUUUUUUCUUCCUUUCUUUCCCCCCCUCCUCUUUUGCUGGAAGUGUGGUUCAGACACCUGACAGACGCUGGCUGUGUCCUGGGAAUUCUCCUCUGACCAGAUGGAUUGGCCUUGCCAGAGCUUCAGCUCCUCCACGGAAUUGUCCCGUUGGCCCAAGUCCACGAAUCCAUCGGCACCGAUUUUGAUUUUCCUUUUUUGGUCUUUUUUUUUCCUCUUUUUAAAUCUUUCUUUCCUCCCCCUUCUGCACCAGCUUGGUUCCCAUCUGCUUGUGUGUGUACAACAGGAUAAAAAUUCCUUAAGAGUUAACAAAGAAAAUUAUCUAGGAAAAAAAAAAAAAACCACACAAAAUUUGAGCUGAAUAAAAAAAAAAGCCUAAAAAGCACCAAUUGAGGAAGCAAAUGAAUUCACUCUUUGUUUUUUUUUUUUUUUGUUGGUUGGUUUGGUUUUCUUUUUUGGUUUUUUGGGUUUUUUUGGUUUUUUGGGGUUUUUUUCCAGGAUGUUUGGGAAUUGGAAUGUUGGAUUUCUCCUGGUGUCUUGCAGCAAACUGAGAGAUUUUUUUUUUAUUUUUGCUGUUGUUCCUAGAAAUCUGAUAAGUAAAUGUCUCCUUGGGAUACUUGAAUUGGGAUAAUUGUGCAUCGGAGCUUCAAGCUGAGAUGAAUUUUUAAAGCUGAAUGUUACCUGCUGUUUUCUUUUGGGGAUUUUUGGAGGGGUUUGGACAAGAUCUUUUCAUUUGUGAUGCGACCUGCAGGAAGAAAUCAACCCACCCUGAGCGGCUCUGGAGCAGAGUGUUGAAUGUCAGACUGGUACAUUUGCAUUUCCCCAGAAUUCUUGGGCUUCGUUUCCUUUUCCUUUCGAGACUCCACCGAGCUGGGGCUGGGACACCCCAACCCCACCUCAGAUUCAUAAAGCACAAUCAGUUCCUUUUAUUUCUGUUGCUUUUGGGGGAGAAAACAAAAACUCCAUCAAGUCCCACUUGGCUUUGGCAUGAAUUUCCUUAAUAAAAAACCUACCAUGAA